ACUACAGCAGAAUCGUUUCGCCAUCAGGGAACUGAUCCAAAAGCGAGGUUUACGUGGUAUGCACAGGGCUUGUACAACUUUUGGUACAGCCCAGAACUAACCGCAGACGACGCUGAAUAUUGUGAAACCCAUAAUUUUGGGCUUGACGACACUGAACUGGAGAUUGAUACGACAGCGUUGAAACUCGGUCUCUUCAAUUUGACAGAGGACCAGGAGUUGAUAGAAAGGCCUGUGAAGCUCGUCGCAUCUACCCCCAGCCAGCAGCCUGAAGAUGUCAAGCACGAAUAUAUUCGUUUGUGGUGCAUGAAUAAACUCCACAGCAAGAGAAAGUCGUACCCUUUCGAAACGCCAUCUUACCUAUCGCCCGAGGAACAACAAAGGUUCAAAUCCCUGUCCAAAGGGCUGCCCGAAUCGGAUGUUCAACGCUGGAGUUCAUUAGCUGAACUUGAGAUGCGCAAACGAUUGUUUGAGUGUUGCUGCGACGCAUGUCACUCCCUUAUUACUGAUGUAUAUCACCGUUGUAUAGACUGCGAGGAUGACGGGUAUAAUUUGUGUUUAGAAUGCGAAUCUCUGCCGGUUUCAAAACACAAAUAUCCAUCGGACCACAAGGCGACGCACAACUUGCUUGUUUUCCGCAUGGUGCUACCUUAUAGUCGCUGCGGCCGGGUUCGGUGGUAUGCCAGGAAUUUCUUAUCUACUAUCUUGCCUAUCACAACACCGCCGGAAGACGUAUCCCAAACGCAAUUAGAUGGACCCGAACUUCCGCAUCCGACCGAAGCCACUCGAGCAGAUGAUUCCUCCACCUCUGUCGAUUUGCGGGAAGGUGAUGAGAAACUAAAUGGGAACACGGGAGUAGCACUCGAGAGGAUACUUGGAACCUCAGCUGCGAAUGAGGAUGCCUAUUCUUGUGCUGAAUGCAGCGUUAAGAUGGAAGGCAUUUUUUAUGUAUGCUUUACUUGCGGAGAAAACAACUCCGCCAUUGCCCUAUGCGGCGAUUGUGCAUUUCACGAUGUGUUCGACGUGGUCGAGGAUCACCACCCUUACAAACACUGGCUGGUCAAGAUUAAAGACCGGGUUCAAGAUACAAGCAUUGAAACGUCAGACGAACCUUUGGCUAACGUCGACGAGAUUAUUUCGCUUUCCUUGCGAGACGAUAAGCUGGCUGCGAUGAUGGAAUCUCGCUUCGUAGAACAGGAUCGCCGACUUGGUGCACUUGUAAAACAGGUUGAACAGCUCGUGCAUAGCAUAGCUGCGUUGACGGGAAAAGAAGAGCUUCCUUCUGAAUCUGUCACUGUUUGAUUGGCUCGUAAUUUGACAGAUUGUUGUAUUUGUUUCUCGCUGUCUCACUAACUAUGUACUACUAUAUAUCGAUCUCGAUCAGUACCGACUUGCUAUCCUUUCGUUGGCAGACUGUUGUAUUUGUAUCUCGCUGUCAGUAACCUUGUACUACUUAGUGUGCCGAAUUGCUAUACGUCCGU